GGCUCCUCCCGCGCACGCGUCCCCGGCGGCUCGUGCGCGUGUGUGCGGUGACAGUAGCGAGACACCGAACCGAUUAACGGAGCGUUUACCUGAAAACACCCCCCGAACCGAACCGGACUGUAUUCACCUGCGGAUAUGGCGGACGAGAGCGUCGCGCGGAUGUCGAUCAAAGAGCUGUACGUGUCUGAUAAACACGGCAGUGAUGAGGACGGAGACGGAUCUGAGCAGAAGCCCUUUAAGACCCCGCUCAAGGCCCUGUUGUUUGUUGGAAAACAUCCUUUUCCGGUGAUCUAUGUGGACUCGCAGAAGGAAGGAGAGCGUUGGGCCGUCAUCUCUAAGACUCAGAUGAAGAACACAAAGAAGCUCUUCAAUCGAGAGCAAAUGAAGAACGAGAGCAAAGACAAGAAGGAGGCUGAAGAUGCUGAACGCAGAGAGAAGAAUCUGGAAGAAGCUAAAAAGAUCGUCAUCGAGAACGACCCCAGCCUUCCUGAACCCAAAACCGUGAAGAUUGAUAAGCUGGAGGCGCUCCGAGAGCAGAGGGUGAAAGUGUUCGGUUGGGUCCAUCGGUUACGCAGACAAGGAAAGAACCUCCUGUUUAUUGUGCUGCGUGAUGGAACCGGGUUCCUGCAGUGUGUUCUUACGGACAAACUGUGUCAGUGUUAUAAUGGUCUGGUGUUGUCUACGGAGAGCACCGUGGCUCUGUAUGGAACGGUGAAUCCUGUUCCCGAUGGCAAACAGGCUCCGGGCGGUCAUGAGCUGCACUGUGAUUUCUGGGAGCUGAUCGGUCUGGCUCCGGCCGGCGGCGCUGAUAACCUUCUGAACGAGGAGUCUGACGUGGACGUGCAGCUCAACAACCGGCACAUGAUGAUCCGUGGAGAAACCGUCUCCAAGAUCCUGAAGGUCCGGUCCGCCGUCACGCAGUGCUUCCGAGAGCAUUUCUUCAGCCGGGGCUACUACGAGAUAACUCCGCCCACUCUGGUGCAGACGCAGGUGGAGGGCGGCUCCACGCUCUUCAGUCUCAACUACUUCGGUGAGAACGCGUUCCUGACGCAGUCGUCUCAGCUGUACCUGGAGACCUGCAUCCCUGCACUGGGAGACACCUUCUGCAUCGCUCAGUCGUACCGCGCCGAGCAGUCACGCACACGCAGACACCUGUCCGAGUAUACCCACAUCGAGGCCGAGUGUCCCUUCAUGAGCUACGAAGAGCUUCUGAGCCGCUUGGAGGAUCUGGUGUGUGACGUGGUUGACCGAGUCCUGAAGUCUCCUGCUGCACAGCUGCUCUACGACAUCAACCCGGACUUCAAGCCUCCCAAACGUCCGUUCAAGAGGAUGAACUACACUGAAGCCAUCGAGUGGCUGAAAGAGCACAACAUCAAGAAGGACGACGGGACGUUUUAUGAGUUUGGAGAGGAUAUCCCAGAAGCCCCUGAGCGACUGAUGACAGACAGCAUUAACGAGACCAUCCUGCUGUGUCGCUUCCCAGCCGAGAUCAAAUCCUUCUACAUGCAGCGCUGCGCUGAAGACCGCCGCCUCACCGAAUCGGUGGAUGUGCUGAUGCCUAACGUGGGUGAGAUCGUGGGGGGUUCGAUGCGUAUCUGGGACGCCGAGGAGCUCCUGGAGGGGUAUAAGAGAGAGGGAAUCGACCCCACACCCUACUACUGGUACACCGACCAGAGGAAGUUCGGCACGUGUUCUCACGGUGGAUAUGGUCUGGGUCUGGAGCGGUUCCUCACCUGGCUUCUGAACCGACAUCACAUCCGGGACGUGUGCCUGUACCCUCGCUUCAUCCAGCGCUGCCGGCCUUAGACACACACACACACACACACACACACACACACACACACACACACACACUCUCAUCGCCGGAGACCAUGUUCAGAGAUCUGAUCAGAAGAUGAUUCUGUGUUAUAUUACUGUAAUAAUGUUUAUCUGUGGCAUAAUAAAUCCCUGAGAUCCUGCACUUGUGUUUGUUUCCAUCAGAGGGCAGCAGAGAGGCUCGACUGUGCUUCAUCAUCAUCAUCAUCAAUAAAUGAUCAUUUAAUUUGCUUUCA